UGCUUCCUUCUCAACACAUAAUUUCCUCGUCAGAGUUCCGAACCAUAUGUCAAGAAUAUAACGUUGUUUAACGCGUUGAAGAAAUGACGGAAUCGACCAUAACUAAACUUAUUUGUGCUAAUCAUGGAUCAAUGAACGUCGAUGAAUUAGAUGCGAAUUUUUACAGUGACUUGUACGUCUCGGUGCGGGAUGUAAUUACGAAUCGAGCGAAAUUCUGUUUAGUUGUUUUUAACGGAGAGCAAAGGGUGGUAGCCAAGACUGGAGUUCGACUGUGCAGAUCCAACGAUUGCCAGGGAUGCCGAAAUUUACAUUUUUGUAAACGAUUCCUGCUUGGAGAUUGCCCAUUCAGUCGGAGAAGAGGAGGAUGUCGCUUCAACCAUGACCUGACCUCGGGGUACAACAGCAGAAUCCUGAAAGAACACGGACUGGAGGAACUGAACAGAUCUGAGCUGUGCACUCUGCUGCUUCAGAAUGAUGGCUUCCUCUUACCACCAGUGUGCCACAACUACAACAACGGUGUUGGAGAGUAUGGCAAAUGCCAGGAUGGCGAGACAUGCAAGAGGCUCCACAUCUGUGAGAUGUAUCUCAGCGGUAGCUGCAACUGUCCCAGGUGUCAUGAUUUCUACGAACCCCACCCAUUAAAAAUCCUGCAGGACAAAGGGGUGCCCAACGAGCUCAUUGCCUCCCUGAAGUCUGUGUACAUGAACAUCGAGUGGUUGCAAAAGCAAGACCGUGGCAAGCAACAAUAUCAAAGAGCUAAAGCUAAUGCAACCACUAACACAAAUAAAACUGAAAUAUGUAUGUACUUCAUCAAGGGGAGUUGCAUGCACGGUGAUAAGUGCUUUAAAGCCCACUCUACCAUGCCCUACCAAUGGGAGGUGAGGGAGGGACUAAACUGGACAGCUCUACAAGACAACGAGGUGAUUGAGAAGGACUAUUGCGACCCAGCAAAGACAUACAGUCGGGGAGUCCAGCCUGUGUGUUUCGAUACAAUGACCUGCGGUCUGAACAAAGCCCGGCGUCUCUCCACCAUCUCCUCUGUGCUCCAGCCUACCUUCAUCCUCACCACAGAGUGGGCCUGGUUCUGGGAGGACGAGUUUGGAAACUGGAUCCAGUACGCAUCAGCAAGCGGUGGACACAGGGCAGCCACCAUCACCAGUGAAGACCUGGAGAAGAGGUUCCAGGAAGACAACAAGGCUGUGACAGAGUUCACCGCGGGGUCACAGACCUAUGAACUCAGUUUCCCAGACAUGAUUCAAACAAACAAGCAGUACAGCACCAAGAAGGUUGUGAGAAGACGGCCUGUGUUUGUCUCUUCAGCUGAUGCACAAACUAUCAAAACCAGCAAAAGGGCUCCGAGCAAUCACUCAAAUUUCAGAGCUUUACCAGGACACUGGGACAAGGCACAAACUCCUGAAACAGGAUGCAAGAGAGUCGACCUUCCGUGCUCGUCAGUGGAGUUUAAGGAGAUUCAAGGGCUUUUUCAGAACACCAUGAGAGGCUUCAGCAUCCGCCAAAUCGAGAGGAUUCAGAACAAAGCACUCUGGGAAGUAUUUCAGUGGCAAAGGGAUCUCAUGAAGAAGAACAACAGAGGGAGGAAUGUGACGGAGAAACAGCUUUUCCAUGGCACAGACUCCAAAUACCUCGAUGCCAUCUGCCUUAACAACUUUGACUGGCGGAUCUGUGGACUAAACGGAACAGCCUAUGGGAAAGGGAGUUACUUUGCCAGGGAUGCCAAAUACUCCAACAGCUACACUGGCCAAUCAAAUACGAAGUCCAUGUUUGUCUGUCGUGUGUUGGCGGGUGAUUACACCAAAGGGCACUCCAGCUACCUCCGGCCCCCCUCGAAGGACGGAGGGGACACCAUCUUCUACGACAGCUGUGUGGAUGACGUCAGCAACCCCUCCAUCUUUGUGGUGUUUGAGAAGCACCAGGUGUACCCAGAGUACCUCAUCCAUUAUAAUGAGGAUGACGCAUGGUCGCAAGUCUACCAGCCAUACUUCCCUCCAGCUGCACCUGCGCCUAGACCAGCACCAGCAUACAGACCAGCGGCUGCCUCAGCGCCUAGACCUGCACCAACACACAGACCAGCACCAACACCUGCACCUAAACCUGAGAACUCCUGUGUCAUUAGUUGAGGCUGACUGUGAGCUGUGAACUGUGAACCCUUUGAUAUUAAACUGAGGCAAAAACGUAGGCUUUUGUGAAUUAGAGAAAUGGAUUUAGCACUCUGUUAAAUGUUUGACAAAUUACAGCUCAUCUUGACAUGCACCUUACUAUGAUUACUAGAUGUGCUAUUAUCCGUUUUCUACAAUGCAAGCAUUUUUGUAGUGCUAUUGACUUUAUAUAAUGGUAAAUUACAAUCUAUGUACACACCAGAAUGUAAAUGUAAAGUUAUGCACCAAUAAUUAAAUUAAACUAAGUGAUGAACAAUUUUAA